GACACUAUCGCAGUUUUUUACCCCAUGCCAGGGCUAUGGGUGAAAACCCAUGUCCAUCUGCUAGGACUCAGCGGCGAAGAUGCUUUGCACCAUUACCCUCCCGGGGGCGUCGUCGUGGAGCUCAGGUGCCUUAGGUUGCGACGUGGUGUCGUCUUCAAGCUCUCCUAUGCUCAUGCUCGGCAGCGUAGUUGUGGUGUUUGUGCUGCAUUUGUGUUUUUGCGCGUUGCGAUUUCUAUUGUCUGGUUUGUAAGCACUACCUUGUAUCGUUUGGCCGUGUGGCCUUAUUUAUCAAGCGAGCAUUGAGACCAAAGUAAUUAGCGUAUUUAAAAAAUGAAAAAACUAACGCCCACACAUGUAGCAUCUUGCACGUCGCCCACACGCCUCCAUCACCACUCUUUUUGCCACGUAUGAACAGAUGACAUCAGCAGGAAUCUUUUUGGUUUUCGGCUUAAAAAUGUUUUAUCUCCUAAUUAAAUCUGUCUCGACGAGAUCCUGAAAACUAGACCCCAUGUUGAUAUGUUUCGAUGAAUUUUUUUUGCCCAAAAGUACCCAUGAUGUUUACACUGUAGUUCCCAUAGGGUUUAAACUAAAGUUGCCAUGUGGCAAUUUUAGUUUGUAGAGCAUGGCAAUUUUAGUUUUUUGAUGAUGACAAUUCUAGUACUAUGACCAUGAAAAUUAUUUUUUAUAUGAACCAUGGCAAUUUUAAGUGCAUGUAUAAUGGCAAUUUAAGUUUAUGGUUCAUGGAAAGUCUAGUUUCUUAAUUCCCCAUUUUAUAAUAUGUCAAAAUUUACUUUUAAAUGUAGAAGAAAAUAGCUAAAACAUAUCAUGGCAAGUUCAGUGUAAACAUUAUGGCAAUUCAUAUGCAAUAGACACGACAACUUUUAACCAAAAAAAUAUCAAAAUGUAUUGAUAUGAGAUCUAGUUUCGAAGAUCUCGUCGGGAAGAAUUUAAUGGUGAAAACGGAUCUUCAAUCGAGAUUUUCAUUUAAGAUAUAAAACAUUUUAAAAAAUAAAAAUCCAAAAAGAUUCCCACAUGCAUGCACGCGGUGACGUGGCGCAAUCUGUGUGUUAUAUGGCGUGUGGGCGGGUUUUGCUCCCACCAUACAUAUGGGCGUUAGCGUUGUCCUUCGAAAAAGCUACGUAGAAACUAACAUAUGGUCUCACAACAACUCACAUAUCCGUAGAGAAUGAAAAGGAUUGGGCCUCGCGGGUCGCUCGGGCGACUCACGAGGCGAUCCGCCGCCGCCGCUAGAGUUCGUCCCAGACCUCUCCUCCCCUCCUCGCCGUUGCCCACUGCAGCCUGCGGCCGACCGAUUACUGGCGACAGUUUCUGUUAGCCAGCUCCUCCCUCCUCCCAUGCCCCUCCCUCUCUCGUGUCCCCCUCACUUGGAGCACGACUUAUUGAUCCAGCAGGCGACGCGCGUCCAUUGGACGACGAGAUCCCUCUCCCAGCGAGGCGGUUUGAACUCCCUUCCCCGAGGCCCGAUUGUGUGGCGCUGCAGUGCAUGUUCUAGGCCAGCGGAAUGCGGCCCGAAUAUGGCACGACCCGUGCGGGGCUCGCCCCUCACGGCAGGGAUGGCUUGGGCCUGCCCGGUGGUUGCACGCUCGUCCUGACUGGUGGCUAGCUGCGCUGCAGUGCCUCAUCUUGCCCGGUGGCACUGGUUGCGGUGGUUUUCCACCUCCUCGGGGCACCAGGGUCCCGGUAGUGGGCCGUCGCCAGCGGUAGUAGUGCGUAGAGCAUGCCCCCGUCCAGAGUCAGGCGGGAUUGGAUAGGGGUGGUCGGCAUGACUGGUUCCACGCCCAGAUCUACUCGCUGUAUGGGACAGGGAUGGGAAUGAGGCGCCUAUCUGCCCGUUCCUCUGGCGAGUGGUGGCAGCAUGCUAGGUCAGGGUGGGGGCUCGGGUUCCGUGCCCUGCUCCACUCGUUCCCAUGCAAUUGGAGUCGUCCUGGGGUGGAAAAAAGGUGCCUUUCCACUUGUUCCUUCAUAGGGCGAUGGCCCCAGAAGGUGAGGCCGCACGGGUGUCUCUACGACGAGCAUCGUCGCAGUGGUGGUGGAUCUCUCCUUGGCUACGUGGAUGCUGAGGGGCGUGUCAGUCGGUGAUCCUGGUGUUGUCAGUACUUCAGAUGUGGUGAUUCCCCGGUCUUGAUCUAGAGGCCUCGAUUUGGUGGCGGCGGUCCUUCCCUCGGGGUGGGGUGGUGACCUUGGUACUCCGGUGUGGUGCGAGUGGGAUUCUGAGCGAAAGCUCCGCGCUCCGGCAUCAGUGGCAACAAUGCCUGUGGGUGUUGCAUCCCUCUUGAGAGUUGUGGUUCCCCUCCUCGUGUCAGGGCUCUGGGUGCAAACCCUAGUCUGUCAUUUCGGUCUUGACAGCGACAACGUGUUGCGUCGUCACCCUCUUGUGGUGGUCGUCGUGGAGCUUAGGUACCUCCGGUCGUAGCACAUCGACGUCUUCGGGCAUGCUUUGAUCCUUGCGUGAAGCUUCUUCCACUCUGGUGUGGGGUAGUCUCAUUUGUCUCCCACCUUUUACAUGUGUCCUCAUUGACACCAUUCUCGGUCCUCGCCGUCUGUAGGGAGGAUUGGUGCUCCGCGGCCCGGAGUGAGAGGGAAGGUGGUCCUCUCCGGCGAUAGUUGGUGUGUGUGAUGCAACAGUGUCUGGUGGUUUCCGAAGGAGGCACAAUCUCGUUUGUAGUUGGUGGUCUUGACUGCCUCUUGGUGGGUGUGGCUCCUGUACUCUUUCUCGACUUUGAGUUGGUGGCAUUUUUGCUAAUGUCUCGUAUGUCAUUUUUAAUAUUACCUGCUUUGUAAGAGGGUUUUAUCAUCACCUUUUAUCGGUUCGGCCAUUUGGGCUUUAUUUAUAAAGUGGGGCAAAUGCCUAUUUCAAGAGACAACUCACAUCUUCAAAGUCAAUCCCAAACCUAAUAGAACAUGAAAUCAGUUGUAGCUAGCAGUGAAGCGACGUAUCCUGGAGGUGGGUGGAGCGCAUAAGAGGAACUACAGAGAACCCGAUGGGAGGCGCUGAGGAACAGCACUGCUACUCGCAUCGUGGCUAAGGACCACCGUGGUGAGACCGGGGUGGCCUUGUCCACCUAGGGAGAGCUUAGGGGAGAUCAAGGGGAAAACGGGUUGGAGGCAGAGAAAGGAUGGAUGAGUUGAGUGGGCGGAGGAGGACAUGGGGGGAACGGGGGAUGCACAAUGAAGGUACAAAAAGAAUGGCUUGGACUUAUAGGAUGGCGGAGUCAAAUUGAAGAUCAGAUUUCACCAUUGGAUUGCCCGCUUACAUAAAAUCAGAACAUAUAUAAAGGUAACCUAAACCGUAGCUCGGACCCGAGAAUUAUGACAAUUCAAAAAUUCCCGACAUCCAAUUUUGGUUUGCACAAAAUCGCCCUCAAGAUGAUCUCAAACGGAAAAAAUUCUCGAACAUGAAAGUUGUGCACCUCGUUGACAUGAACAACUUUGCUUUUUGGAUCUUCACAAUCUGAGGUCGUAUGAGACCUCUGGAGCCAAAACAAGAGUUAAAACAGAAGGCUGCAUAGGCACCUCACAGCCAUCUCAUAGGCUCAGAGAUUAUUCCGAGCCAUAACAUGAGGGUGCGCAGAGCGCCCGGAGCCCGCUCGAAGGGGAGGCUCGAGGCUCCGGGAUGGCUUAGAGGCUCCGGGAUGGCUCAGGGGCUCCAAGAUAUGUCCAAAACGGAGUAGAUUUCAGGGUUUUCAGAUGGAAAUCUGAGCCAUUUUCUUGUACGAGAAGUCCAACAACCUCAUAUAUAGAUGAGAGGUGAUGGCCGAUUGAACAACACACAAUCAACAAAUCAAUCUAUCACUUUUAUCUUUUAUCUUUUGACCUCUCUCCCACAUUUUCUGCUCCUUGUUCUUCGUUGUUCUUCAUGUUGCAGGGCAGUGUUCCCCGAGGCCCUAGAGGCAGCCAGGCCAACUUAGGGCAGCCCAUAGCCACCGUACUCACUGACAAGGUCCCUCCAGGGAGUGUGAGGUUUUGGGUCUGCAAGAAACCUCGCCGGCGUGUCUUGAUUAUCGCGCUCCCGGUGAGAGAUGCGUCCUAUGUAUGCUCAACGUCGGGGACGACACGGUGAUGUGUUGGUGUGCGAACAAGUACAUCACACACAACACACCAAUUUUGACCGCAGAGGCCUCAGAAACAGCGCAGUUGUCCUUGUUUAAAAGGUACGUACUGUUGUACUAUUUGCAAAUGGACCAUGAAACUAGUGCUAAACACAAAGCCCUGGAGGGCAUGCUACUUGAUGCACGUGCUGAGCCGACGGAUCUUCCUUUAUCUCUUCUGAGAGAAAUCACAAAUGGUUUCUCUGAUGAUCUGCAAAUCGGAAAUGGUGGAUUUGCCGUGGUUUAUAAGGGAAUGCUUGGGAAAGGGAUGGUAGCUGUGAAAAGGCUUUCCGAAAGAUUUGAUAUUAAAGAGAUAAAGUUUAACGAAGAGGUUAGCUGUCUGCUGAAUGUGAAGCACAAAAAUAUAGUUCGAUUUCUGGGCUAUUGUUCUGACACGCAAGGGAUAAUGAUGAACUACGAGGGAAAGAACGUUUUGGCAGAUGUUCGGCAAAGGUUGCUCUGCUUUGAGUAUCUAGCUAAAGGGAGUCUUGAUAAGUAUAUCACUGGACCAUCUUGUGGACUUGAAUGGAGAAAGCGCUAUCUCAUAAUAAAGGGCGUCUGCGAAGGUCUAUAUUAUCUCCAUGUGAAGCAGCGUAUCGUCCACUUAGAUCUUAAACCCGCGAAUAUCUUAUUGGAUGAUAACAUGGCGCCGAAAAUAGCUGAUUUCGGUCUAUCAAGGCGGUUUGAUGAAAAGCAAAGCCGAGAUUUUACUUCAAAACUGAUGGGAACUUUGGGUUACUUGGCACCAGAGUUCUUGAGUGGGGAAAUUACAUUCAAGCUGGAUAUAUAUAGUCUUGGUGUUAUCAUCAUAGAGAUACUGACAGGAAAGAAGGGAUAUCACGAUGUUGAGGAUGAACUUGAUUCCUGGGGUGAUAGGUUGCAGAAUACCCUGGGAGACAUACAAUUGAAACAAGUAAGAAUAUGUGCUGAGAUAGGGAUAGAGUGCACUGAAAAUGACCCAGCAAAGAGACCAGAUAUAGAAUAUAUAAUCAGUAGGCUCAAUGAAAAGGAAAGAGGUGCUAGUGAACUGUAUCAGUGUACACCUAAUAAGGUACCCGGAGAGACAAGCUCCAAGGUACUUGGUAUGUCUUGGAAUAGGCUGGCGAAAUCACAUGGAGACAUACAGUUGGAACGCGCUGAGACAGGGAUAGAGUGCACUGAAAAUAAGGCAACAAAGGGGCUAGUUACACAACAUAUAACCGACAGGCUUGAUGAGGCAGAAAGUACGGGCUGGUCGAUCAAAACUAGUGGGAGUAAUUUAUCAGUAGUGCAGGUAGAAAAGGACUUCACUGAGCUGAAUCUAUGGGAACUUAAAGUUCCAGGAGAGACAAGCAAUGAGGAUAGCAUCUCACUUAUACAAGCCUCAGAACAGAUUAAGACAAAGUCAACCUGCCAUACAGAUUGUCAUAGUAGUGCAUCUCCAACGGAGCAGCGUUGUCAAAUGGAGGUGGGCACACUAUUGAUGCGCCGUUAUGAAACAGGGAAGCCGUUAGCACAAGGGAACUUUGGGAAGACAUAUUUUGCUUGGAACAUUAUAAAUGGAGAAAGAGUUGUAAUAAAGGUAAUUGAUAAGGAUAAGGUCAUGAGGGGUAGGCUAAUGGUGCAGAAAGAAAAGAAGGUUUCAAUAGUGAGAAAGAUAACGCAUCCAAACAUCGUGCAACUUUCCGAGGUAAUGGCUACAAAGAGCAAGAUUUACUUGGUUUUGGAGUAUGCUAGAGGUGGUGAGCUUUUCAACAAAAUAUCCAAGGGAAAGUUCAGUGAGGAUGUCGCGUGGAGAUACUUCCACCAAUUGAUCAGUGCCGUGGGUCACUGCCACAGCCUAGGUGUUUAUCAUGGUGACUUGAAGCCGGAAAACCUGCUUUUAGAUGAGGUUGAUAAUCUAAAAGUAUCUGGGUUUGGUCUAAGUGCCCUAGCUGACCCCAAGAGACAAGAUGGCCGCCUCCAUACAACCUAUGGAACUCCAGCUUAUGUUGCUCCCGAAGUGCUUAGCGGGAGAGACCAUGACGGCGCGAAGGCUGACAUAUGGUUCUGUGGAGUAAUUUUGUUAGCGCUGGUGGCUGGUGACCUUCCUUUCCAGGACACAACUCUUACUGAUAUGUAUACGAAGAUCUCCAGAGGUGAAUAUAGUUGCCCUUGUCCUUUGUCUGCUGAGUUGGAGGAUCUACUCUCUAUGAUUCUUCAUCAAGAUCCAAGUGCUAGAGCUUCCGUCUUAAGGAUAAAGAGAAGCGCAUGGUUCAGAAAACAUGAAGCAAGAGACAAGAUUUACAAAGAUGGAGACAAAACCUCCGACUUAAUGGAAUCCAUUAAUACAUACAGAAACCAAACAUCAGCAAGACUCACAAACAUGAAUGCAUUUGAUAUCAUUUCUCUCUCCUCGGGAUACGACCUAUCCAGUUUGUUCGAAGAGUAUGGCCGAUGCGAGUACAAAUUUACUAGUAUGCAGCCAGCAGAGAUUAUAUUCGCUAAGCUAAGUGAACUGGCAAAGCAAUUGAAGGUUGAAAUUAAGGAGAGAGAAAACGGUGUUGUAAAAUUGGCAGCACCAAAGGAAGGAAGGAAGGGAUUUGUUGAGCUUGACGCAAAGGUUUUUGAGCUUACGGAGUCUGUAGUAUUAGUCGAGUUAAGACAAACCAAUGGAGAUACUAUAGAGUAUAAACAUCUCGUGGAAGAUGAAAUAAGGCCUGCCUUUAAAGAUGAGGUUUGGGUGUGGCAAGAUGAGCCUGAGCAUUAUAUCCAAGGAGGAGAGCAGCAGGAGGAGUGAGUGAUGGGCCCAAUUGCAAGUCUGCUAGUACUACGAAAGCCACGGGACGAUAUGCAGUUGCCGUCGCCAUAUGGUGUAAGCAGUACCUAUGCAAACUGUUGCAACUGCCAGUACCAGAUUUCUACCAUACCAGCUGCAGGACGGGUUCCAGCAGUCAUGCAUGAGUUGUUGACACAUCAUUCGGCAAUUUUUUCUUCGUUGCCUCUUUCUUUAUACUCCUUCCGUCCCAAAAUAAGUGUCUUGAGCUUAGUACGAAUUUGUACUAGAACUAGUACAAAGUUGAGACACUUAUUUUGAGACGGAAGGAGUAUUUCUGUAUUUUCUUCUGAUACUGUAUACAACCUUGCUUCCUAAAAGUAUGCUCAAUUUUGGUAA